UCCGUGGGCAGCGGCUUUUUGGAGGCUGUGAGUACACAACCUGCCGCCCCGGUUGUUGAGUCUCGCUGCUGGCGUUUCCAGGCUGCCCGCUGGGAUGCAGUGGGCGGUGGGCCGGCGCUGGGCAUGGGUCACCUUGCUUCUGGCUGUUGGCGCGGUGCUGACCCAGGCCGUCUGGCUGUGGCUGGGCACGCAGAACUUCGUCUUCCAGAGAGAAGAGAUAGCGCAGCUUGCUCGACAGUAUGCGGGGCUGGACCAUGAGCUGGCCUUCUCUCGGCUGAUCGUGGAGCUGCGGAGGCUGCACCCAGGCCACGUGCUGCCGGAUGAGGAGCUGCAGUGGGUGUUCGUGAACGCGGGCGGCUGGAUGGGCGCCAUGUGCCUCCUGCACGCCUCGCUGUCUGAGUACGUGCUGCUCUUCGGCACCGCUCUGGGCUCCCGUGGACACUCGGGGAGAUACUGGGCUGAGAUCUCCGACACCAUCAUCUCUGGCACCUUCCACCAGUGGAGAGAGGGCACCACGAAAAGUGAGGUCUUCUACCCAGGAGAGACCGUAGUGCAUGGCCCUGGAGAGGCAACGGCCGUUGAGUGGGGACCAAACACAUGGAUGGUGGAGUACGGCCGAGGUGUCAUCCCGUCUACCCUGGCCUUUGCACUAGCUGACACGGUCUUCAGCACCCAGGACUUCCUCACCUUCUUUUAUACUGUUCGCUCCUACGCCAGGGGCCUCCGGCUUGAGCUCACCACCUACCUCUUCGGCCAAGACCCCUGAGGAGCCAGGCCUGAGGGGGAGACCUGCGGAUGGACAGGAGCAGGCAGGACCAUGUUCAUCGACUUUGCUGGAACUCAUGUGCACAGACGGCAGCAUAUACCACACAGAUAAUUAAGUCCCUGUUGUGUGAGGAAGGACAUACAUACUUCAGCAUCCAAGACACACCUUUUUGGGAGCAAACGAGACACAAAGAGAUGCUAAGACUUGUGUGUACUGUAAGGUCAUGCACUCAUGUCCAUCCAGAGUCCCCCACAUAUAUUCCGGG